AACGGGAGGCAAAGACAUAGACCAGACGAGGACAGGCAGUCUUCAGUCACGCAGCAGCAUCACCCAGAGGGCAGCAUCUUCGCUCGGAUAAUUUGUGCCUUUUUUUUAAAAAACGUUGGUACUGUAUGUUAUCUGCCUUUUGUUAUCUUUAUUAACGAAACUUAACGAGGCUCAUCAUCAUCAACCUGCAAACCCAGGCUGCAUCCCUCAUCUCCAGCGGUCUAUAAUACUGCGCGCGGUGUUUUGGAUGUGUCGGCCGGCUGCAGCGGUGUUCGCGGUGCUGACCGCUUGUCUCUGGUGCUGUCCGCCUCUGUGCUCGGCGGGGAGAAGCCAGCAGCUCAAUUACCGACCGGUCAUCGGUGUGUUGGCGCAGGAAAAUCUUCCAGGUGACCAGUUUGCCCGUGGUUCUUCUUACAUCGCUGCCUCCUACGUCAAAUACCUGGAGGGGGCUGGGGCCAGAGUUGUUCCCAUCAGAAUCAAUCGCACAGAAGAAGAAUAUGCAAAGAUAUUCUACACAAUAAAUGGAUUGCUGUUGCCGGGAGGAGAUGUAGACCUUCAGACAUCCCAGUUCAGUCAAGUCGCCAAGAUCUUUUAUGACCUUGCUCUUAAGGCCAACGAUGCUGGGGACUACUUUCCUAUCUGGGGAACUUGCCAGGGCUUCCAGCAGCUGUCUGUCCUCACAGCCAACAAAAACCUGCUCACCCUCACUGAUACCAAGGCGGUGGCUUUACCUCUCACACUCACACCAGCGGCCCAGUCCAGCCGUUUGUUCCGGAGUUUUCCCAAGGAUCUGCUGCAGUCCCUGGCUGAGGAAAACAUCACUUCCAACUUCCACAGCUGGAGUCUGUCUAUACAGAACUACAGCCGAAAUGCCAAGCUGAAGAGGUUUUACAAAAUCCUGUCCACCAACAAUGAUGGAAAGAAAGAAUUCAUCUCCACCAUGGAAGCUUACCGUUACCCAUUUUACGCAGUGCAGUGGCAUCCAGAGAAGAGCCCCUUUGAGUGGAUAGAUAAGCCUGGCAUGGUUCACUCCGGCUCUGCUAUAAGAGCCAGCUUCUACACUGCCAGCUUCUUUGUUUCUGAAGCCAUGAAGAACCACCACCAUUUUUCUAGUCCUGUGGAGGAAGAGAGAGCUCUCAUCUACAACUUCUCUCCUGUCUACAGAGGCAUCCAUGCAGUCUUUGUGCAGAACUAUUACUUUGAUUGAUGCACAGUACUGAAGACGAAAACAGACCUGGAGUCACUUUCAGUCGCCUUGAACAUCAAGUCAAUAAUUAGCAGUUUAGCUUAGCUCAUUUGCACAGUAACAUGAAUUGCAGAAGUGCCAACAGUGCAGAGGUGAAAUGCACUGAUAAAGACUACAGAAGGAAAAUAAAAAUAAGUGUUAUUAAAACAUCAUAACAGAAGCAUACACAAACUGAAUACAAAGACAUAAAAAUGAAAAUAAGAGUACAGAAUUUAACACAGCCAAUGCAGUUGGAUGAAAAUUGAAAUUAUAUGAGAGGUUGCAGGAUUUUAUACAUCCAUAGGGCCUAAUGGUUAAAAAAGCAAGAUAUUAGUUUGCAUUUGGGAGUAAACAAACAGAAUCUGUUUUAGUCUGAUCCCACUUCCAUUAAACUGCAAUAUAUUCUUCAUAUGCUGGAUAUCUUCCUAUAUUGGAUUCCUGUAUUGGAUACCUGUAUAUCUGGAUUCCUGUCUUCAAUCCAAAUCACCUUGUGGUGUCACAGUAUAGGACUAUAUUCUACCCCCAGAUUUAUAAAGGAACAAUUAUUAAAUUAAAUAAAAUCAGACACAAAUAUACAUAAAUUGAUAAAUGCUUGGUGAAGAAGAAUGUCGUCUAUAUUCCUGUCAUUGCAGUAUGUGUCCAUGAUACCUGUAAUAGUUUUACCACAGAAUACUACUCACACUAAUAUGCAUAUCACGUCAAAAAGCUGACAUUCCCAUGAGAAUAAAUGGAUACCUUUGCUGGUUUUGGCCACUAUGAAAUCACAGCUGUCUCUUUGAAUAAAUCAUUUGGCUUUAACAAACUGAGUGAUCAGUUUUUCAAAAGCACUUAGCUCAAGUUUGCAUACACCCACUCCAGAACCAAUCAUUUCCAAAUCACUGCCAUUUCUUUUAUGUCUCUGUAAACACGGUUUGAGAUGAGAUUCUUCUGAGUGUGUUGUCAGUUACAUUAAACACACCCACCUCUGGAAACAGCACAUCUGGUUAAUUUAAGUUCCCUCUGGUAAGCGCCCCUAGUGUAAUUUUUUGGCUUGAAGUAUGAAUAACUUAAAUACGAUUACAUACCUUGGAAAAAUGAUCCACUCUAUUUAGGUGUUCCCCGAUUAUGCAAUUACUAACUUUGUGUGCAGAUAUCAAUUUUAAAAGCUUUAAAUUUUCAUACUUUUCUUCUCUGUGGUAUGCAUUGCAAACCUGCAUCACUAUACAGAAGCACAGAUUUUAACAGGAUUUCAAAUCACUCGUUGCUUCAUAGGGAGGGAUUGUGAGCCUCCAGGAGGGUGGAAAGCCUAUGUGGUGUUAGUACAGCCAAAGCCUGAUGGCCACUUAAGGCCACUUAAAGCCACUUAAGUCUGGGCUUAAACGUGGUCAACUUGUAAACACUGACUCACCUCUGUUCCUGUGAUGUGUUUGAUUGUCAGUAAGAGGCUACUGAAGGUCAGUUAGAUUGUAAACAAGCUGCUGUUUCAAGUGUGAAAUAAUG